AUGAAAAAAAAAAAAUGGUUCCAUAAUACUUAAACUGAAAAAAAGAUUACUGCGGUCCUUUUAUGAAGAAAAAUAAAAUACAUAUUCUUGUGACAGACUGCGGACACAGUACAGGGAUGACCAGAGACUGCGGACACAGUACAGGGAUGACCAGAGACUGCGGACACAGUACAGGGAUGACCAGAGACUGCGGACACAGUACAGGGAUGACCAGAGACUGCGGACACAGUACAGGGAUGACCAGAGACUGCGGACACAGUACAGGGAUGACCAGAGACUGC